AUGCCGCCCAAGAUUAUAUUUCUCACGGGAGCACCUACAUAUCACUCACUUAGCUGGGACGAAUCAAAACUUCACAGUGACUUCACCGAUCCCUUCAUUCAAUUCCUCCAUCUCCCUCAUCCAUACCCGAACUCCGCACCACGGAAUAACAACACGAGUGUCUUGGAAUUCUCCAUCGCUCAGAACCCAGAAUGGCGUGAACUUCCUCUUGAACGAAAACAUCUCACCACGGGAGCAUCUCAAGAUCAUGCUUUCCAACCGUUGUAUGGUGGUCAUGCCUCAGAUUUCUUCUCAGCUACAACUUUUCUCUCUCAAUCCCAGGGAUAUUCACAAUCACUGUCUAAUUUGAAUUCAUACAUUUCUCUUAAUGAUGAAAAUGAUGAUCAUCAAGAGGUAGAUGGGGUACUCUCUCAAUUCUACGAACAUUCCUAUGCUAUCCACGAUAUCCCCUCGUCUCAAAUAACAUCCUCGGAGUUUGAUUCUACAUCAUAUUCUACAUCUGGAUAUGAUUCUCAAUCUAUAUUCCCACAAUCUGGGGAAAAUCCACAAGUGCCGGUGGCAGGUUACUUGACAAAUCUAAAAGAUAUGCCACAUGCACAACAUUUAACUUCAAUAGUCCCCCAAACUAUGACAGUCAAUCUGAUUGUGGGUAUUAUUUCAAUUUCAGAACCGAGAGCAAUAUCUACGAGACAAGGAGGAAAUGUAUCGCUUUUUGAAAUAUUAGUUGGUGAUGAAACGAAAAGUGGGUUUUCGAUCAAUUUCUGGUUAUCAGGAAAGGGCAAAGAAGAAGUCAAAGAAGUAUUAGAAAAUCUGAGGGUUCAGGAUAUCGUGUUGAUGAAAAAUGUAGCGUUGGGAAGCUUUAGAAACAAAGUUCAUGGACAGAGUUUGAGGAAGGAUAUGACGAAGGCUUGGUUAAUGUAUAGGGAGAAAAUUGAUAGGAGUGAUGUGGGAGGAUGUUAUGGGAAGAGAGAUUUGGAGAGGAAGGAGAUAGAUGUACAGAUGGCGAAGGUUAAGCGGGUGAGAGAUUGGGUGGUAGGUUUUGUGGGGGUUGCGACGACGAAUAGACGAGGUGUAAAGAGAAUUAGGGAAGAAUUACCGCCGGAUACUCAAUGA